AUGUCCGACGACGACGAAGUCGUCGUCAAUAAGCACAGGAGCCACCGCAAAGACAAGCCGUGGGAUACAGACGAUAUUGAUCAUUGGAAAAUAGAAUCGUUCCAACCAUCCGACAACAAAGCAGGCCCAUUUAGCGAGGAAUCUUCGUUUGCCACUCUUUUCCCUAAAUAUCGCGAAAAGUAUCUACGUGAAGUCUGGAGUGCAGUCACCCGCGCAUUGGAUGCUCAUGGAAUAGCAUGCACCCUGGAUCUUGUUCAUGGAUCGAUGUCAGUUCGAACGACAAGGAAAACCUUUGACCCAUAUAUCGUUCUCAAGGCCCGUGACGUUAUCAAACUCCUGGCACGAGGGGUUGCCAUCAAUCAAGCCGUGAAAAUCUUGGAUGACAACGUGGCAUGCGACAUCAUCAAAAUAGGGAACCUGGUCAGAAAUAAAGAAAGAUUUGUCAAGCGAAGACAAAGGAUCAUAGGUCCAGAUGGAAGCACACUGAAGGCUAUCGAACUCUUGACGCAAUGCUACGUCCUUGUACAGGGAAGCACAGUGAGCGUCAUGGGUCCCUACAAGUCAUUGAAGGAAGUUCGCCGAAUAGUUCUUGACUGCAUGAAGAAUAUACAUCCAAUAUAUCGAAUUAAAGAGCUGAUGAUACGUCGUGAACUAGCGAAAGACCCAAAACUGACGACAGAAUCAUGGGAUCGUUUCCUCCCUCAAUUCAAGAAGAGACAUCUCAAGACCUCAGAAAAGACUGCGAAGAAAAACGAAAAAAUUCAGACCCAAAACGAAGCGCGCGCUGCCGCUGGCUUACCCGAAGCGUCAUCGUCAAAGAAUACUAAGAAACCGUAUACGCCAUUUCCGCCGGCCCAACUUCCUCGAAAGGUCGAUUUGCAACUCGAAUCUGGAGAGUAUUUCCUCAAACGCCACGAAAAGGAAGCUCGAGAAACAGAGAAACGAAAGCAAAAACAAGUCGAUGCAACAGAAAAGCGUCGCGUCGAACGUGCAGAGGCAUUUGUUGCUCCUGCGGAGACUACGGAACCCACCAUUGAGCAGAAACGGAAACGGAAGGCAGUGUCAAUUGACGAUAGUGGGGAUGUUUCCACUCGGAAGAAAAAGAAGAAAAAGCACAAGGUGCCGGAGAUGUAG